CUGGUAUCUUCUCAUAGACAAGAACACACUCUCUUUUCUUCAUGGCCACAGAUCAAGAAAAUCUCCUCUCUGAUGAAUACAACGAAACGGCGACGCUUUGCGGGUGUGGGUAUCUCCGUAGGUUCCAUGUGUUCCGGUGGCGAAGAGUAGGAGGAGGAGACAGUGGCUGGAGCGGUAACUUGCAGGAAGAAAGAAGUGAAAGCUGGUGGAGCAGGAAACUUAAGGUGCUAAAGGAGAUUUCUGAGAAAAUUGCGGGACCAAAGUGGAAAAACUUUAUAAGAAGUUUUAGCAAGAAGAAGAAGGUGAAGAGGGAUGUUGAUUUCACGUACGAUCUUGAAAACUACAGUCUUAAUUUUGAUGAGGGAGGUGAUAAUCCUUCACCGGAGAGUGUUAAUGGUCCCAUUGAGCAAGAAUAGUAUCACUGAUGACAUGAUCUUAUAUCUAACCGACAAAACAGUUGGUUGAGGCGGUGGCAUUGUGUACCAGUGAGCAAGUAUGGUGUCUUUGAUGCAUAUGUUUUGUUAUGUUUAUACUAAAAUGUAUAUCUAUUUACUUUUUGAGCCAGUAACACGAGUUUCAAUAAUGGAUUCGAUUGGUGAGAUCAUAUAUAUAUUGACGUUA